AUCCGAGAGCAGUGCAGUCUGGGCUUUUGCUGCAAAACACAGAGCUGGCGUAACUGGCUAGCUAGCUGACCACUUGAAAUGGACGUGUUCUUAAUGAUCCGGCGUCACAAGACCACAAUCUUCACAGAUGCCAAGGAGUCCACCACUGUCUAUGAGCUGAAGCGUAUUGUCGAGGGAAUACUUAAAAGACCACCCGAGGACCAGCGACUCUACAAAGAUGAUCAGCUGCUAGAGGAUAGCAAAACUCUGGGUGACUCUGGAUUCACCAACCAGACUGCCAGACCUCAAGCCCCAGCUACAGUCGGUCUGGCCUUUCGUAUUAAUGAUGAGAUGUUUGAGCAGCUGCACAUCGAGGCCUUUUCCAGCCCCCCGGAACUCCCUGAUGUGAUGAAGCCUCAGGACUCUGGUAGCACUGCUAAUGAACAGGCAGUGCAGUGAUGGCAGAGGCAGGAAGCGAGCAUCGGCGGGAAGGAUGGAAGUGGCAGUGUGCAGAUUAACUGCGGUGAAGAAGUAGCGGGGUGGAGGAUGUGUAAAAUAGUUUCAUUUGAUUGGAUGGGGACGUUUUAGGUAACCAAGCCGAUCCAUGUUACCUUCAUGUUGUCAUCUCAACAUCCUCCCCACACGUUUUUGUUGUUUUUUUUGUUUGUUUGUUUUUUAACUCUAUUGAUUUCCACAUCACAUGCAGUUCAGCUCCUUGAAUUUGCUCCUAAGCACCGAGUGAAGAAGUUGGUUUGGAAAGUGUGAUUGUGUGUAUGCGUGCGUGUGUGUGUGCGUG